AGAAUGGGCUGAGCCGCUGGCGCCCCUGGGUGUCACCGGCUCGUUUGCAGGUGUGGGGGACCCAGGGCUGCGGGGAGAGCCAGCCCUCUCCUCCUCCUCGUUGUUCCCAGAUGUCAUUCUGCCCACUCAGGCUCCUGGUUCCUGAGCUCAGGGGGGUUCCACGGUUACUAAGCUACUGGUUUUUGUUGACUUUUAAAUAUUUUCUUCUCCGGGAGGGGGAGGAGGGCGGCGAAAGUCAGGAAAGAGCAAAUUAAAGCCAAUCGAAACAAACUCCCCCUCCCCCAAAAGAAAGCUCUCCUAGUCCUCCACCUGUCACUCACAGGCAACUCCACAACUCGCUCAAGCAUCAGCCAGACCCAACCCCCACCUGCUUCUGUCCUGUCCUCCUCUCCCUUUCUGGUGAAUGAGGGGUGGCGGUGGAUGGUCCCCCUGUUUUCGAACCCUGGGUGGACAAAAGAGCUUUCGGGAAGAGAGGAGGAGGAUGGCCAGCGGGAAUGGGCUCCCUUCAUCAUCAGCCCUGGUGGCCAAGAGGCCCUCGGCCCUGGGCCCGUUCCCCAGAUACAUAUGGAUCCACCAGGACACACCCCAAGACAGUCUAGACAAGACUUGCCAUGAAAUCUGGAAGAGAGUCCAAGGCCUACCUGAGGCCUUGCAGCCCAGGACGUCCAAGGAGCAGCUCGGAACACCAAGAGACAACAAGCUUAGCUUCCCAGAAGAAGCUCUGGAGUUCGGCAGCUGCAAAGAUGAGAUCUCCCUGUUGGUGGAGCAGGAGUUCUUGAGUCUCACCAAAGAGCAUGUCAUCUUAGUCACGGAGAGCCCUGGAGCUUUGGAGGCACCUGGACAUUGUUCCAAGGGGCCCAGGCAGUCUGCCUCCUGCCUGUUUGUGCCUCCUCUGGUGUCAGGCAGUGCUGAGCACACAGGAGCUUCCCUCGUUGCCAGUGACAAACUUCUGGAGUCAAAGGUGACGGCCUUGUCCCAUAUUGGCAGCCAUCAGGACUGUGAUUCUACCAUGUCUACUGUCACGGGCAUCUUGCGUGCUGCCAAGGUCAAGAAUGCCAAGGGGACAGAAGACGGGAGUCACAUCCUGGGUGCCUCUAACUCAGAGAUCAGCAAGCUCUUGGCUCAGUUCCCACUGAAGCCUACAGAAACAUCUAAACCCCCGGACAAUAAGAUGGUUCUGGAAGAGACAAGAGUCAUCAAGAACUUCCUGCAGAACAGUAUGUUCAGUGGCCCCGGGCCCAGGGAGCCCACAGGGCUGGGCCCUUUCUUGUUGCUGCCACCUGCACCUCCUCACACGCCCCCAGACAAGCUCCUAGAGCUCCCUGCUCAGAAGAAGCAGCUUCCAGUAUUUGCCAAGAUCUGCUCCAAGCCUGAGGUUGCUCUCACCAUGGAAGGGCAGCACUUGAUGGAACGGAAUCCUGGUAGCAAGGAGUUAACCAGGGGCCGUGAGAAUCUCUGUCUCAGUCAGUGGCCCCAAAGCCGAAAGGAUGCUUGUAGUGAGGAGGGUUGCAGUGACCCAUCAGGUUCCAUGUCCAUGGCCCUUCCAGCCAAGAAGCCUGCAUGGCCAGCUGAAAAGAACCUGUUCUAUGAGUUCCUUGGAGCUACAAAGAACCCAAGCGGGCAGCUGAAGCUUCGCAGCAAGAUGGAGGUGGAUGGGCUGGAGCUGAAACUUAAUCCACCUGUGACGACUACAGACAAGAACAACCUCAAGUACACAGGAAACGUUUUCACCCCACGCUUUGCAACCGCCUUGACCUCGGCAACCCUGAACCAGCCGCUAUGGCUCAACCUCAACUACCCGCCUCCAGCUGUGUUCACAAAUCACUCCACAUUUCCACAGUAUCAGGGCCUGUACCCUCAGCGUGCAGCCAGGAUGCCCUAUCAGCAGCCCCUGCACCCCCAGCUGGGCUGUUACUCCCGACAGGUGACACCCUACAAUCCGCAGCAGAUGGGGCAGCAGAUCUUCCGCUCUUCCUACACCCCUCUGCUGAGUUACAUCCCCUUCGUGCAGCCCAACUACCCAUACCCUCAGAGGACACCUCCAAAGAUGUCUGCCAAUCCCCGAGACCCUUCCCCGAUGGCAGGAGAUGGGCCACAGUACCUCUUUCCCCAGGCAUAUGGGUUUGGCUCAACAUCUGGUGGACCCUUGAUGAACAGCCCCUACUUCUCCUCCAGUGGGAAUGGCAUCAAUUUUUAGAUUUUCUCUCCCUCUUCCUCCUACCUUAGCUGUUGGAUCAGGGAUAAGGCAUCUAGAAUUCUGGACUCUGAAACAGCUUGAUAGGAAUCUUGCAAAGCCAACGUUUGGACCAGGUUACAGACAGAAAACAGCAAGACCAGACUCAUCAAUUGACCAACAUACUCACAUGCAUGCAGCCUCUUCACACAGCCAUGCCACACAGACACACCCCUUGUAUUCAUACUAAUUCAUUGCUCAACUAACUACAUAUGCACCUGUAUUUAGCUAACGUGAGUGAUUUUUGUUUUUGUUGUUGUUAGUAAAAAAAAUAGAUGUAAGACACUUAAUGUUAGAAAGUUUGUAUUUUAUGAUAAAAGUAUGAGCUGCUUGAAA